AGGUGCACUGGGCCCAGGAGCGUCCCGCGGCUGCAGUGGCUGCUCCCAUGUAGAGUCUUGUGCCAUUGUUAGGCUGGUCUAACUAAUCUCUCUCUCCGUCUCCGUAUUUUCGAACAGCACGCUAAAGAGCGCAUAAACAGAGAGUCUGACUGAGAACGAACGCCUGAGUCAGUCCAGACUGAGAGCUGUGAGCAGCCGUGCAGUGAGAGAGACUGAGUGUUUUACGAGCUGCUGAAAGUCUGCUCUCUCUAUCUACACUCCCUGAUCUGCUCAGCCUGGCCUCAGAACAAAACACCACGCCUCCAGCAGCUGUGGGCUGAACCAGGAAGUCACUCCCACUCUCUCUGUCACGCAGUUUCAGAGAAACGAAACUUAACUCUGUCUCUGUCAGUGUGAGCAGUAAAAUGGCUGAAGGUGGAGGUUUACUGGAUCAGGACCAGUUCAGCUGUGCGAUUUGUCUGGAUCUACUGAAGGAUCCGGUGACUACUGCCUGUGGACACAGUUUCUGUUUGGGCUGUAUUAAGGGCUGCUGGGAUCAGGAUGAUCAUACUGGUGUUUACAGCUGUCCCCAGUGCAGAGAGACUUUCACCCCAAGGCCUGUUUUUAAAAAAAGCACUAUGCUGGCUGAAGUGGUGGAGAAACUGAAGAAGACAGGACUCCAAGCUGCUCCUCCUGCUCACUGUUACGCUGGACCUGGAGACGUGGCGUGUGAUGUCUGCACUGGGAGAAAGCUGAAAGCCGUCAAGUCCUGUCUUGCUUGUCUGGCCUCUUACUGUGAAACUCACCUCCAACCUCACUAUGAAUCUCCUGCCUUUAAGAAGCACAAACUGGUGGAAGCCACUGGAAACCUGCAGGAGAAGAUCUGCUCUCAUCAUGACAAACUGCUGGAGGUUUACUGUCGUACUGAUCAGCAGUGUAUCUGUUAUCUGUGUACGAUGGAUGAACACAGAGGCCAUGAUACAGUCUCAGCUGCAGCAGAAAAGACUGAGAAACAGAAGCAGCUGGGGGCGACACAGAGUAAAUUCCAGCAGAGAAUCCAGGAGAGAGAGAAGGAGCUGCAGGACCUGAGACAGACUGUGCAGUCAAUCAAGCGCUCUGCGCAGGCAGCAAUGGAGGACAGUGAGAGGAUCUUUACUGAGCUGAUCCGCUCCAUUGAGAGAAGGCGCUCUGAGGUGAAAGAGCUGAUCAGAGAUCAGGAGAAGGCUGCAGUGAGUCGGACUGAAGGACUCCUGGAGCGACUGGAGCAGGAGAUUGCUGAGCUGAGGAGGAGAGACGCUGAGCUGGAGCAGCUUUCACACACAGAGGAUCACAUCCAUUUCCUCCAGAGCUGUCAGUCUCUCUGUGUCCCUCCUGGACCUGAAGACUUGCCCAGCAUCACUGUCAGUCCACACAUCUCUUUUGAGGCUGUGAGAAAAUCUGUUUCUGAACUAAAAGAGCAACUGGAGGACUUCUGCAAGGUGGAACUGGUCAAAAUUUCUGAAUCAGUGAAAGAAGUCCAUGCUGUAGAGCCCAGGACCAGAGAGGAUUUCUUACAGUAUUCCUGUCAGCUCACACUGGACCCCAACACAGCGCAUAAAUGCCUCCAUCUGUCUGAGGGGAACAGAAAGGUGACCCGUGUGGAAAAGAUCCAGUCAUAUCCUGCUCAUCCAGAGAGAUUUGAGCUCUGGGCCCAAGUGCUGUGCAGAGAGGGUCUGUCUGGACGCUGUUACUGGGAGGCUGAGUGGAGUGGGGAUGAGGUUUCUAUAGCAGUGUCAUAUAAAGAGAUCAGCAGGAAUGGGCGGAUUAAUAACUCUGCUCUGGGAGAGAAUAACAAGUCCUGGAAUUUGUGCGGCUCUUCCGCCGAUUACACUUUCUGGCACGAUGCUGAGAGCACUGAAAUCCCUGCCCCCCCCUCCUCCAGAAUAGGAGUGUACCUGGAUCACAGGGCAGGAACUCUGUCCUUCUACAGCGUCUCUGACACAAUGACCCUCCUGCACAGAGUCCAGACCACAUUCACUCAGCCCCUCUAUCCUGGGUUUGGGGUUUGGAGAGUUGGAUCCUCUGUAAAACUGUGUGAUCUGGGAUGAGGCAGAGGGAAGAUCAGAUGUAAUCAGAGUGAGAGAAAAACACUGCAGUGAAAUACUGAGAUGUAAAUAAAAUAUUAAAUUUCAGGGUCUGUUGAGGGGCUCGAACAUUGGGAACAUUAAUUUAACAGCAGGCGCAACAUUUUUUAAAAGUGUUUUUUUAGAGAAUUUUUUAUUUGAACAUCAUGUAAAAUAAGAAAAAUAAAAACAUAACUGGAAGAGACUUCAACGUCAUUCCUCCAAACUCGUCCUGACAUAAUCGACAGUCCCAGAUAUUCCACUGGACUGCAGGAGGAUGUGACACCAAAUGGACAGGUCCACAAACAUGACUGCCCAUUCCAAAGAAAAAAACCUGAAAAUCUGGGAUCAAAAACUGAAGAGAGGUAAAGCUGGAAUAAGACGGUAAAUAUGUGGGUUUAGAAAAUAGGAUCCUCUGCUUUCAUUUCUGCUUCUUCCACAUGGGAAUUUUAUAAAUGCUUUGUAAUGAUCACACUGUUUGUAGAAAGUCCUUCUGUAGUUUAUGUUCAGGUGUCCCUCGUACCAAUGUGACGCUGGCCUGCCUUAAAAUAGGAUGGGUUAUUGUAAUGUCUUUAAGAAGCGGAUUUCAGUACAGAGUAGAAGUGCUAUGAUUCAAAUAAGUUAUAAAUGUAUCAUGUAUGUUUUGUUGGGCGUUGUUCUGUAAGACUUUUUGACCUUCAAUAAAAACUCCUUUACAAAC